AUGGAAGUUUUAAAUAUGAGAGAUAAAGUGGAAAAUGAACAAAGUUACAUGAAGAAGCAAGAAGCAAUACUACAAGAAAGCAUCCAGACUUCAUCUCCACCACCAACGGCCACCUCAUCUCCACCAUCUGCAUCGGCAUCUCCUACCCAUGAAUUCUCCUUCACCAUCUCUCUCCAUCCCCAUCCAGCACAAAAAUCGCAACAAGAUGGUUAUAAGUCCGGCAACUAUGAUGAUAGUAACCACCGUAAACAUGGUAACACCGCAACACCACCAUCGGAACCCUUGACUGCUAUUGACCUGUCUCCGGCGGAUGAUAUCUUCUUCCAUGGCCACCUCCUUCCUCUCCAUCUCCUAUCUCAUCUUCCCAUAUCCCCUCGUACGUCCACAACUUCAAUGGAUAGUUUUACCCUCCCAACGAAGGACAUCCUAAAGGACCAACAUAACCCGAUUGGAAACACUAGUUUCCAUUAUCACCACCGGAACACUUUCUCAGAGUUCAACUUGACCAGCAACAAUGUCAAUCAAAAUCAGACCAAAGUCCAAAUCUUUCUCGUUGUUUGGCCGUAA